UCUAAUUCAGCAAGAAGGGAAGGCACCACUUGCUCCCUGCGCCGGGUCACAGCGUCUUGUCUCUCUCCCUAUUUGAAUACCGUUUCGGAUCGCCUUCCCGCCGGUAGUGGUGCCCUUGUCUGUAUGUACCAUCAAUUAGUUAAUCGCCAACGUGAGCUCAGCAUUCAGUUUGUACAGUUAUUGAGGGAACAUAGUUUGGAUAUGUCCUUGGAUCCACGGUUUUACCACCAUGUUGGUCAUGGCUAUGGGCCUGGAUCACAAUCAUCCGCCUCGUCGUCCUCCGACACUUCCGCCCUAACGAGCAUCACCAACCCGUCAAUCCGAUCGACGACUGCUUCCGCAGCUGCACUACGGUCGAACGCUUCCAGUCCUUCUCUGCGCGCGAGGGAAGGCGGGACCAUGCACAUCACAUAUCAAGAUGGCGUCACGAGUCCGUCUCCGGGUGGUAAUGUCCGUGUCGUGGUUCGGGUGAGGAAGUUCCUGCCCAGAGAAAUUGAGCGCAAUGCGGAGUGCUUGAUUACCAUGGACCCUCGGACGCAGACGACCAAACUACGGGCGCCCAAACUUGACGCAGAAGACGAGGGGAAGCCGAAGUCGCAAGCACGGGGGAAGGUCCUGGAGGAUAAAUCAUUCAUCUUCGACAACUCUUUCUGGUCUCACGAUACAGAUGACGAUCAUUAUGCGCACCAAGAGGAUGUGUACAACUGCCUUGGAGAAGAAUUUCUCGAUCACAAUUUCGAAGGAUACCACACCUGUAUAUUCGCCUAUGUCGCCCGAUAUCAGCUUCACGUCCGCGUUUCCUAUUUCGAGGUUUACAACGAACAUGUCCGCGACUUACUGGUGCCUCGGACCGAUCCGCCCCAUUACCUUCGGAUCCGCGAGUCACCCUCUGAAGGUCCCUACGUGAAAGACUUGACUGAGGCAACGGUUAAAAACUUCGCUGAACUAAUGAAAUACAUGCGCAAAGGCGAUGUUUCCCGCACGGUAGCGAGCACCAAGAUGAACGAUACCUCGUCCCGCUCCCACGCAGUUUUCACAAUCACCUUGAAACAAAUCCACCAUGACCUCUCAACCGACGAGACGACGGAACGCACAGCACGAAUCCGCCUGGUUGACCUGGCAGGAUCGGAGCGAGCGAAGUCUACGGAGGCAACCGGGCAGCGACUACGCGAAGGAUCGAACAUCAACAAAUCGCUCACGACAUUGGGUCGAGUUAUUGCCGCCUUGGCAGAUCCGAAGCCAGGCCGGUCCGGCAAGCGGAAAGGCAAGGACGUUGUUCCCUAUCGCGACUCAAUCCUCACCUGGUUACUCAAAGACAGUUUGGGGGGCAACUCGAAGACCGCCAUGAUUGCCUGUAUUUCCCCGUCAGACUACGAAGAGACACUAUCUACCCUCCGCUAUGCAGACCAAGCGAAACGUAUCCGUACUCGUGCUCGGGUUAACCAAGAUCAUUUAUCUGCUGCUGAGCGCGAUAAACAGAUCGCAGAAAUGGCGGAGACGAUCCGUACGCUGCAGCUGAGUGUCAGUUUGGCGACGGCCAACCGUCGAGAAAGCGAGAUUCAGAAUGAGAAACUGGAGGAGUAUCAGCAGAAGGUGGAGAAGCUGCAGCGAUUAAUGGAGGAGACGAAGAUGGUCAGUGAAUGCAAGAUCAAGCAGCUGCAGACAGAAAAUGAAGCACUUCGCAAUCACCUGAAGUUGGCCCUCGAUAGUUUGAGAAAUCCGAUCCCACCCGUGACCGUUGAGAAACGCAGAGGCGGUCUUUCGCCUGUGACUGAAUACAAUAAGGAAAACCGCCCCGGAUCGCCAAUUUCAGAUGUGGAACCUGAGCCAGACCUGAUCUGGGAAGAUGAGGACACGAUCCGGAUUAAGGGUCGCGAACUUGAGGCGCAUGACAUGCAGGCUGAUAUGGAGGAUCUGCUUAUGGAUAUCAACCUGUUCAAGCGUAAGCUGGCCUCCGAUCAUGAGCGAUUCCGAGCAUCCCAGAAACAGGGAGAUUGGAAACGACGGCGAGCGCUAGGAGAAGUUUGGACGAAUAACCGAUGA